UCUAUACGAUUGGUUGGGUACUUUACAAGAAUAAUGGUAGAAAAAACUGAUAACCGAAUUUGUGAAACCUUAGAGGUCGGAGAGGAUUAUGGUUCCGUUCGGACCAGAGGGCAAAGUAAUAAAACCGCCUUAUUAUCGGAAAAUUCCAAUGAUAACAGUGUGAGACGUAAUAUUGCUUCUUUGGACGUUCUAUGUCAAUCGGCCCUCCCGGAAAUCUACAAUACAAGCUCAACGUGCAUAUCUUGUAAGGGGUCAGGAACUCUUAGUCGACAAGAUUGUGGAGAUGGAACCAAAUGUACUAUACCGCCCUCGGACAAUAAAUCUCACAUACUCGGAACGAAAAGAGAAGAUUUUGAGGUUCAUGUUCGGGGCGUCAAUUCGUUUCGGACCAGUGAUAACGGAGUCGUGGAAAUUCCAGAAAUUAAUACCAGCAUUAAGAGUGAAAACAAUAAAGAUAUUAUAGUUGAGUUUAAAUCAUGUCCUAACCGAAGAACAAUCGAAAAUCUGCAGGCAUCCUUUGGGAAAUUGUUCAGAAUUGGUACCUUGGGAGGCACUACGUGGACAACGGAAAUCCAAAAAGAACCGUGUCACUAUGUGCUCGCACACCCUGGCAGUGGAACAAAAGAUGAUCAAGAAUCCUUGACUCAGGUGUCAAAAUACGAAGACCAAAAUGGAGCAUUAUGCGACAAUAAACUUUUGGUAGUCGAUACAUUUGAAAAUGAUUCUGACCGUCGUAAUCUUGCAUCUUUUAUUGGUUGUGAGCUUCCUAGUGAUAGUGGUGAUCCAAAAGGACUUCAAUUAUACAUGAUGUGGGCAGCAAAAUUUGGUUUCAAUCACAUCAUUAUUAUUGGGGAGAUCGAUUAUGGAAUGAUAUUUUUAGACUGUUAUGGUCGUGUAUUUCUGUGGGAGGAUAUGUGCCAAAUGUUGUGGCCAAUGGGAAAUUCUUUGGAAGAGGCAAGGUUGAACGAUGGAAAAGAUAAUUUAUACUGGAUUUUGUUGAAUGAUGAAGUUAUUUGUGAGAUCGAAGUACCACCUGAAUGUGC